AGCACUGAGAAUGCAACGAGCUAGAGGAGAGAGGGAGCAAUGAGCUCCUAUUUUACAAUAUGAAGAUUUUAGAUUUCGGCUUACAUCUACGCUCAAUAAUUUGUGAAAACCGUUCUAUGGGAAUUACACCUGCGAUGACGGAUUUCAGGUUGUUUCUAUGCACUAUGUCGAUUGGAAUCAAUGUGUUAUAGCGGACCAAGAAUGACAAAGAGAAAAGGAUAUCGAGACUGGAGAUGGCAAGCGCUUUGGUGGCAUCAUUUCUUUCUCUUGUGGAAUACAAUAGAUGGACAAACGCGUUACAGCAUCACAGAGGAACUGAAACAGGGUUCUGUGGUGGGAAAUUUAGCCAAAGAUCUGGGACUGGGGCUGUCUGAGAUUUUUGACCGUAAGCUGCGUAUCGCGCCUGAAGCUGGUGAGCAGUAUUUCAGUGUGGAUGCGGGGAAGGGCGAGCUGGUGGUGAAUGACAGAAUAGACAGAGAGGCUUUAUGCGCACAAAGCGCCAGCUGUGUGUUGCCUCUGCAGGUUGUAAUUGAAGACCCGUUGCAACUUUUUCGUGUUGAGGUUGAAAUACUAGAUAUUAAUGACAAUGCGCCUAGAUUUCCGUCAAAUGAUAUCACAUUAGAGAUUGCAGAAUCCACAGUUAUAGGGGUUCGGUUUCCCCUAGAAAGCGCCAUCGACCCUGAUGUUGGCAGUAAUUCACUGAAGUCCUACACUCUAAGUAAAGACGAAUGUUUUAAUAUCAGAGUUAAGGAAGUAGCUGGUGGAAGGAAAGUCCCCGAAUUAAUUUUAGCUAAAGUUUUAGAUCGAGAGAAAAAGGCUGUUCACAGGCUUCUUUUGACAGCGCUAGAUGGAGGAAAUCCAGUGAGAUCAGGGACUGCUCAGAUAACUAUUACAGUCCUCGACAUUAACGACAACGUUCCUGCUUUUCAGAAAACGUUAUAUAAAGUAUCUGUUAGUGAAGACGCUGCAGAAGAUGCAUUAAUAGUGCAAACAAAAGCGACAGACCUGGACGAUGGUCAGAACGGAGAGAUUGAAUACUCGUUUGGAGCGCACACGCCAGAUGCUGUUCUGUCUGUUUUUACUAUCGAUCAUGUAACAGGAACGAUAUUCCUUAAAGGUGAAUUAGAUUUCGAAGCGACUGCAAAUUAUGAAAUAGACAUAAGUGCAAAAGAUAAAGGCAUUCCAAGAAUGGAGGGGCAUUGUACUGUGCAUGUAGAGGUAUUAGAUGUAAACGAUAACGCCCCAGAAAUAAUACUUACCUCUCAUCCAAAGCCAGUGCGCGAAGACUCGCCCAGUGGCACCGUAGUGGCUUUAAUCAGUGCCCGAGACCUUGAUUCAGGCGAUAAUGGUAAAGUAACUUUGCAGCUCCCUAAGAAAUCUCAAUUUGCUCUGAAACCCUCGUUUUCCCAUAAUUACGCACUGGUAACGAGUAGUGGUUUAGAUCGAGAAAACGUCUCUGAAUAUAAUAUUGAGAUUACAGCCAUUGACUCAGGCUCUCCUCCCCUGUCCAGUAAGAAAAUUAUACCUGUCAGCGUCACUGAUGUGAAUGACAACCCUCCUAUAUUCACUCAGCCCUCAUAUAAUGUGUAUUUAAAAGAGAACGGAGUACCAGGUUCUAUACUGUUCUCAGUAUCAGCAUCUGACCUGGAUUUCGGUGAAAACGCUAAGAUCUCUUACUCUAUCCUGGACUCUAAGGUGCAGGACGUUUCUGUCUCCUCUUAUCAAGUUCGUCAGUGA